UAUAAUAUUGUAAGUGCUUUUUUUAUCAAUAUAUAUUAUAUAUAAUAUUAGAUAUAAUAGUUAUAGUGAAAUAUUCAUUUGUAAAAGAAAAAUGAACAGUAUGAAUUUAAAAUUUGCUUCCAAUUUAUCUUUUAUGUUCAUUGAGGCACCAUCUAUCAUUGAUAGAUAUAAAUUGGCAAAAGAAGCUGGUUUUAAAGCAGUAGAAAGUGGAUUUCCUUUUGGUUUUUCUAUUGAAGAUGUAUCAAAAGCCAAAAAAAAUGCAGAUAUUGAACAAGUUCUUAUAAAUGUGUUUACAGGUGAUGUUUCUAAAGGAGAGUUAGGAUUUGCAGCAAUACCUGGAGAAGAAGAAAACUUCAAAAAAAGUAUUGAUUUAACAAUAGAAUAUGCAAAUGCUUUAAAUUGUAAACGAAUUCAUGUAAUGUCAGGCAAAGUAAAUCAAAUAACAAGUAUUAAUGAUGAUAUUUAUAUAAAAAAUCUUUUAUAUGCAGUAGAGAAAUUUCAAAAAGAGGGAAUAAUUGCACUUAUAGAACCUAUUAAUAAUAUUACUGUGCCAAAUUAUUAUAUGAAUAGUUUUCAAAAGGGCUUAGAUGUGAUAAAGAAAAUAAAUAAAUCAAAUUUAAAAUUACAACUUGAUAUUUUCCAUUUACAACACAUUUGUGGCAAUAUUACAAAAAACAUCAAGGAACUUUUACCAUAUAUAGGUCAUAUACAAAUUGCUCAAGUACCAGAUAGACAUGAACCUGAUACUUCUGGAGAAAUAGAUUACAAAUAUGUUCUUUCACUUCUAGAAACAGAGGGAUAUAAUGAAUAUAUUGGUUUAGAAUAUUAUCCAAUGUCAUCUUCAAUAAAUGGAUUAAAUUGGAUACAAAGAUAUGGUUAUAAAUUAUAAUAUUCAUUUUAAAAAUAUAUAUUGAAAAUUUUUAUUUCUUAUUAUUAUAUGGAAAUGAUAAAUAUCUAUAUUUUUCAUAAUAAUUACAUAUAUUUUAUAUUACAAUUUU